AUGGUGUUAUAUGAUAGACAACAAGGUGACCUUCGAUCUACGGACCAGGGUAACAGACUUGUGAUGGUGUUAUAUGAUAGACAACAAGGUGACCUUCGAUCUACGGACCAGGGUAACAGACUUGUGAUGGUGUUAUAUGAUAGACAACAAGGUGACCUUCGAUCUACGGACCAGGGUAACAGACUUGUGAUGGUGUUAUAUGAUAGACAACAAGGUGACCUUCGAUCUACGGACCAGGGUAAGAGACUUGUGAUGGUGUUAUAUGAUAGACAACAAGGUGACCUUCGAUCUACGGACCAGGGUAACAGACUUGUGAUGAUGUUAUAUGAUAGACAACAAGGUGACCUUCGAUCUACGGACCAGGGUAACAGACUUGUGAUGGUGUUAUAUGAUAGACAACAAGGUGACCUUCGAUCUACGGACCAGGGUAACAGACUUGUGAUGGUGUUAUAUGAUAGACAACAAGGUGACCUUCGAUCUACGGACCAGGGUAACAGACUUGUGAUGGUGUUAUAUGAUAGACAACAAGGUGACCUUCGAUCUACGGACCAGGGUAACAGACUUGUGAUGAUGUUAUAUGAUAGACAACAAGGUGACCUUCGAUCUACGGACCAGGGUAACAGACUUGUGAUGCUGUUAUAUGAUAGACAACAAGGUGACCUUCGAUCUACGGACCAGGGUAACAGACUUGUGAUGGUGUUAUAUGAUAGACAACAAGGUGACCUUCGAUCUACGGACCAGGGUAACAGACUUGUGAUGGUGUUAUAUGAUAGACAACAAGGUGACCUUCGAUCUACGGACCAGGGUAACAGACUUGUGAUGCUGUUAUAUGAUAGACAACAAGGUGACCUUCGAUCUACGGACCAGGGUAACAGACUUGUGAUGGUGUUAUAUGAUAGACAACAAGGUGACCUUCGAUCUACGGACCAGGGUAACAGACUUGUGAUGAUGUUAUAUGAUAGACAACAAGGUGACCUUCGAUCUACGGACCAGGGUAAGAGACUUGUGAUGGUGUUAUAUGAUAGACAACAAUGUGACCUUCGAUCUACGGACCAGGGUAACAGACUUGUGAUGGUGUUAUAUGAUAGACAACAAGGUGACCUUCGAUCUACGGACCAGGGUAACAGACUUGUGAUGGUGUUAUAUGAUAGACAACAAGGUGACCUUCGAUCUACGGACCAGGGUAACAGACUUGUGAUGGUGUUAUAUGAUAGACAACAAGGUGACCUUCGAUCUACGGACCAGGGUAACAGACUUGUGAUGGUGUUAUAUGAUAGACAACAAGUGACCUUCGAUCUACGGACCAGGGUAACAGACUUGUGA